CUCUGUAUUCCGAAUUUUUCUAAGUCCUUCCCCUCUCCCCCGAUCCGGAAGCUGAUGGGAAUAAAGAUCUUAUCGGGAGGUUAGUUUUUUAUCGGGGCCAUCAGCAGCCCUCCCAGGGGAUCGGGCGCAGGUCAGAGCGUAUAUAUGGGCAGCGCUGGCCCCUCGCCGCACCCUCCACACCGAGCCUUCCGGAGGACGUGACGCGGGGAGAACGCACGAUGAGGUGGAUCGGGUUCCUCAGCCUGGUGGCCCUGUCCGAGUGCCUGGUGACCGUCCCUCUGACGAAGAUCAAGUCCAUGCGGGAGAGCCUGCGGGAGAGGGACCUGCUGAGAGACCACCUCCGGCAGUACGCCCACAGCCAGGCCAACAAGCCCCUGCGCCAGCCGCGCGUCACCGUCCAGCCCUUGAGGAACUACCUGGACAUGUACUACGUUGGCACCAUCAGCAUUGGAACGCCCCCUCAGAAGUUCAAGGUCAUCUUUGACACGGGCUCAGCGGACUUGUGGGUGCCCUCCAUCUACUGCUCCAGUCCCGCCUGUGUGACACACAAAACCUUCAAACCUCUGCGGUCGUCCACCUUCCAGGACACGAACCGGCCCAUCCGGCUGCUGUAUGGGUCCGGCAGUAUGACCGGGCUGCUCGGCUACGACGACGUGCGGAUCAGGAACCUUGUCUGCAAAUCCCAGGCAUUCGGCCUGAGCACGACAGAGUCCGGCAUUGCCUUGGAGUUCGCGGCCUUCGACGGCAUCCUGGGCCUGGCCUACCCCACCAUCGCCCUCAAUGACACCACUCCGGUCUUCGACAGCCUGUGGAAGCAAGGCCUCGUGCCUGAGAACCUCUUCGCCUUCUACCUGAGCAGCAACAAGAGGAACAGCAGCGUGGUGAUGUUUGGCGGCGUGGAUCACUCCUACUACCGGGGCGAGCUCCAGUGGGUGCCGGUGAGCGAGCAGGAAUUCUGGCAGGUCACUGUGGACAGCAUCUCCAUGAACGGGACGGUCGUGGCCUGUCCCGACGGCUGCCAGGCCGUCGUGGAUACCGGGACCUCGCUGGUGAUUGGCCCACUCUCCCCCGUCCUCAACAUUCUGAAGAACAUCAACGCCUAUAACACCAGCACCGGCGAGUACGUCGUCAGCUGCGAUGACGUCCAGAGCCUGCCUGACAUCGUCUUCACCAUAAACAACGUCACAUACCCAGUGCCAGCCAGCGCCUACAUCCGGAGGGAGCAGACCGACAUCUGCUUCAGCAACUUGGACAUGGACACCUCAGGCAGAUCCCGCCCCUGGGUCCUGGGGGAUGUGUUCCUGCGACUCUAUUUCACCGUCUUCGAUCGCGCCAACAACAGGAUCGGCUUGGCCCCUGUGGUGGCGUAGACCUGGGCGCUGCUCCAGGAGGCCGCCGGGGCCGCCCCAGGACUCGCACACACUCCCUGCGUCCCCGCCCAGGGGACCCGGUUACAGCUGCGCCUGGGGCUUUGCCGAGCCCUAGUCUCAAUGGAUUGAGCCUCGUCCAGCGCACUCAGAAGUCACUGGUUUGAUUC